CAAACCAACAAGAGUGCAUCUUCAGGAAGCCCUACUAGAAGCUGCGUGCAUUCACAGGCGAAGCACUUAGAAGUUAGAUGGUUCACACACCCUGCCCCUCUACGUCAUCACGCCUGUUUGUUCUCGACUACAAUUUCACUUCCUGAGAAUUUACAGGAACCCAAGGGAGAAGUUUGAAGAAGGGGUCUGUAAAGUUGUUCGUUUGCUUUAGGAUGACUUCUUUUCGGAUCGGAUUGCUAUUGGGCUCUUCGCUGUUGCUCCACACUUUGUGCAUGGUGCGCGCCCAGGCCGAUUCCUUCGGGGAACAAUGUUUGGAGAGCUUCAAAAAGGGGAAAGAAGGCUUUGUUCUGGAUACAGAUGAUUCUGUGAAAGAAGGGGCCGUGUUCAUUGCUUCCCCAACUGUCCAUCGGAUGAAAGACUGCGUGCGCUCUUGCUGCAAAGAUCCCACAUGUAAUUUAGCUUUGAUGGAAGAUGGGGAGGAAGAAGGCUUGAUCAAAGCUUGCUUUCUAUUCAGUUGCCUGUACAAGAAAAAAUAUGUUUGCAAGUUUGUGAAGAAAAAAGGCUUCAAUAAUUAUAUCUUAAGCUCUGUUUUCGAUCAUUACCUAGAACGUCCACACACCAUUCCCAGUGAUGAUGAUGAUGAUAAACCUCCGGUCGCUAACGCAGGGCAGGACAGGGUGGUCCAGCCUCAGGAAUCAGUGACAUUGGAUGGCAUUGAGAGUAAAGAUGACAAGAAGAUUGACAGUUAUGUGUGGCGCCUGGUCAAAGGGAGUACCUGGGCUGUCAUAGAGAAAACAAACUUUGCAGACCAAGUUAUAGUAUCCAAUCUGUCUUCUGGGGUUUACAAGUUUCAGCUGACCGUCACUGACACUGCUGGUCAGUCAGACACUGCAGAGGUCACUAUCCUGGUCCUUACCCCUGAGCAGUCUGAGGAUCACUGCUUGGCGCCCAAGAAGGUGGGCCCCUGCCGUGGCUCCUUCCAACGCUGGCACUACAAUGCUGUCACCGAGCGCUGCGAGACGUUUGUGUUCGGUGGCUGCAAGGAGAACAUGAACAAUUACCUGAGUGAGGAGGAGUGCACCAAAGCCUGCGAUGGGGUGUCAGCAGUUACGCCUCCGGAUAUUUCUGGCAGAAUGCUCCCCCAACCUGAAGGGGAGGUGUGCGGUGCCGAAUGUGGGUUGGACCAGUUCACUUGCUCCAAUGGCUGCUGUAUUGACAAAGCGCUGGAGUGUGACAAGACCCCGCAGUGCAGCGAUGGGUCUGACGAGGAUUCCUGUGUGAACAUGGAUGAGAAAUUCAGGAUUCUGCUGGAUAUUCCUGUGGAUGAACAGAAAGUCCGCUGCACUGAGCCCCCCAGGACCGGUCCCUGCCGGGCCAGCAUGACCAAGUGGUACUACGACCCCUUGGAGAGGAAGUGCUUCCGCUUCAACUACGGCGGCUGCGAUGGGAACGAGAACAAGUUUGAGGACGAGAAUCCAUGUUUGAAGGCCUGCAAAUCUGUAACAGAAAAGGACGUCUUUGCCAGGGGAGCCUUCGAAUACCAGGAGGACCAGAAGAGUCAAGCAGGCACUGUCGCGAUUGCUGUGCUGCUGGGCGUGGCCAUCCUGAUCUUGCUGGCGAUCCUGGGCUACUGCUUCCUGAAGGGCAGGAAGGAGCAGCAGCGGUCCCAGCGCAUGGCGGUCAAUGGCUCCCAGGUGUCAACCAUGGAGGAUACGCAGCGCCUGGUGUACAACAGCACCACCAAGCCCAUCUGAGACCGUGUCCACUUCAGCACACUGUGUUGCUGAACAACAAGCAGCCAGAGACACACAGGCAUACACAUACACACACAUACACACACACACAAACACGCGCGCACACAUACGCGCAAACACACACACACACACACACACACGUGCCCAUACGCAUACACAUACGCACACAUAUAUACACACACACACGUACGCAUGCAAGCACGCGCGUGAAUUCAGAGACAAAGCUGUACCUUUUAACAUUUCUGCCUGCUUGCGUCUAUAAAUUUUGAACUUUUUAGGGAGAGGAUUGACAGACAUUCUGUUUUUGUACAGACAUAUGGCAACAUCACUCUGACGUGUAGAAGUACACGCAUAAAAAAUUUUCUAAAUUUGUUUGCUACAUGCUUGGCAGCAUGACUGAGGCAACGACAAGUCCUCCAAAUACAAAGGAAUGUGACCACUGAUUAUUGUUCUUCUUAAUCCUGAUGAUUUUUGUCACAAAAUCCCUUGAUAUAGAAAACCAGGUGGUUGACCAUAAAAUUUGUUCUCAGGGUGAAGCUGUCUCAUGGGUAAAAACCUUCCAGUUCCGACAUGGGUCAGUUUCGAAUGAUUCAUGCAAAUGGAUUUCUAAAUGCCGAAUUAAAAGAACUACCAGCUUUAAGAUUCGGCAACUACCAAUUCAUAAUUUGUUUUUAUUGCUUAAAGUUAAUCAGGUUAUUUUUAAUAUAGUUUGUGUUGCUGAAAAAAAGUGUAAAUAAUAUCGUUUUGUCUAGUGGUUGAGGAAAGAGGAAAGUGUGAUGUUUAUUGGGUGUCUGUUGUAAAAUAGAUUUUCAUUUAAUGAGUGUUGGAAAUGCAUAUACAAAUGUAGUUGUGAAUGAACCCUUGAUGUUGGUGGGUUACAUAGUUUAUACUACUUAAACAUAAUGUGCUCAUUCCAGCUAGCAGACUGCCAGAAUUGUCUUAAAAUGUUUGUAUAUAGUUUUUAUAUCCUCGUUUAGACAUGCUACUUCAAAACAUGAAACCCAACAGUUUAAAAUUAAUAAAAAGUAUGUGACCGUAUAAAACAUGAUUUGCGUGUUUGUGUAGACACUUGGAGUGAGUGCUUCCUGACCUUCAUGCUUCGGUUUCUUGGAAUCCAGGAUGAUUUCUGUCCAAAUUAUUCUCAUCACUGAAUUUUUGAAACCCUAGAGUUCAAUGGAGUGUUCAGUUACAGUCCUUGCCCAGUGUUGGAUUUAACCAAAUUGUAAAUGGCCAGAAAUGCUGGUAGUAUGUCAUAAAUGUCCCUGACAUUUUUUUGAAAAUGUUUUUUUGUUUUUUUUAACCUAAUGUAAAAAGUGUUUGUCCUCUGAGUUACUAAUUCUUAUAAUGGAAAAUGUACGUGUAUCAUACUAUAAAACACCAACUUGAAGAAA